GUCAGUGUCCUCACGUUCCUCUGGUCCUUAGCGGAACUGAAGAGGAGAACGUACGUCGCAGCUAGCUAGGCCUUGACUGGCAUGGCUUCGCCGGCGCCGGCAGCCGGUGCCGCCUACGCGGCCAAUGGCGGCCUCACCGACCGGCUUCUAGCGAGCGCGAACGGCCACGGUGCCGACGCGAAGAAGCCCGGCCACGGUGCCAGGGGCAAGUACUGGGUGGCCUCCGACAAGGCGGAGCGGCGGGCGGCGAAGGAGUCCGGCCGCGAGGACGGCCGUGCGCUGCUGUUCCGGAGGUACAAGGUGAAAGGCGCCCUCCUGCACCCCUACAGGCUGCUGAUCAUCGUACGCCUGAUCGCCGUCCUCCUCUUCUUCGCGUGGCGCAUCAGGCACAACAAAUCCGACAUCAUGUGGUUCUGGACCAUGUCGAUCGUCGGCGACAUGUGGUUUGGCUUCUCGUGGCUCCUGAACCAGCUCCCCAAGUUCAACCCCGUCAAGACCAUCCCGGACCUCGCCUCCCUCAAGCGGCACUCCGACCUCGCCGAUGGCACCUCCAGGCUCCCAGGCAUCGACGUCUUCGUCACCACAGCCGACCCCAUCGAUGAGCCGGUGCUCUACACCAUGAACUGCGUCCUCUCCAUCCUCGCCGUCGACUACCCGGUCGACAGGCUUGCCUGCUACCUCUCCGACGACAGCGGGGCGCUCGUGCUCUACGAAGCGCUGGUGGAUGUUGGAAAGUUUGCGCCUCUCUGGGUUCCAUUCUGCCGCAAGUACUGCAUUGAGCCGAGGGCACCGGAGAGCUACUUCGACAUGGUGGCGCCGCCGCAGGCCGGAAGAGCUUCGCAGGAGUUCUUGGACGAUUACAGGAGGGUGCAGAUGGAGUAUGAUGAGUUCAAGGUGCGGUUGGACAAGCUCCCUGAUGCCAUCCGCAAGAGGUCUGAUAUGUACAACAGCAUGAGAACUGCAGAGGCGACUUGGAUGGCAAAUGGGACGCAAUGGCCAGGCACAUGGAUCGAUCCGACAGAAAACCACAGAAAAGGACACCAUGCUCCAAUUGCUAAGGUUGUCCUGGAUCAUCCGAACUGUGGACAUUCACAACCGAAUGCUGAAGGCAAUCUCAGCAUCAGUGCCACUGAUGAGCGCCUCCCAAUGCUAGUCUAUGUCUCUCGUGAUAAGAACCCAAGCUAUGACCACAACAAGAAGGCAGGUGCCCUGAACGCGCAAUUGAGGGCCUCUGCUCUCCUGACUAAUGCCCAACUCGUCAUCAACUUCGACUGCGACCACUACAUCAAUAAUUCUCAAGCCCUACGUUCGGCGGUCUGCUUCAUGCUAGACCAGCGAGAUGGUGACAACACUGCCUUCGUCCAGUUCCCGCAGCGCUUCGACAAUGUUGAUCCGACGGACCGAUACGGCAACCACAACCGAGUAUUCUUUGAUGGAACCAUGCUUGCCCUCAAUGGCUUGCAAGGGCCCUCAUACCUCGGUACUGGUUGCAUGUUCCGUCGCUUAGCACUCUAUGGUAUUGACCCACCCCACUGCAGAGCAGAGAAUGUCACGGUAGAAGCUACCAGGUUUGGUAACUCCACACUCUUCCUAGACUCAGUGUCAAAAUCCCUAAACCAGGAAAGGUCAGCCACACCGCCGCCACCACUUGAUGACACAUUUCUCGCCGAGAUAGAGAGGGUCGCGACCUGUUCUUUUGACAAAGGGACUGAUUGGGGCAAGGGUGUAGGGUAUAUCUAUGACAUAGCCACAGAAGACAUAGUGACUGGAUUUCGCAUCCAUGGGCAAGGGUGGCGCUCCAUGUAUUGUACAAUGGAGCAUGACGCAUUCUGUGGCAUUGCACCAAUCAACCUAACAGAGCGCCUCCAUCAAAUUGUGCGCUGGUCAGGCGGGUCUCUAGAGAUGUUCUUCUCCCACAACAACCCGCUUAUUGGCGGCCAGCGACUACAACUUCUUCAACGGGUCUCCUACCUCAACAUGACGAUCUACCCAGUCACAUCAAUCUUCAUCAUGAUCUAUUCUCUUAGCCCAGUGAUGUGGCUUAUCCCUGAUGAAGUAUACAUCCAGAGACCAUUCACUAGGUACGUCUUGUACCUUCUCGUAAUCAUCCUGAUGAUUCACAUGAUUGGGUGGCUCGAGAUAAAGUGGGCGGGGAUCACAUGGCUGGACUACUGGCGCAAUGAGCAGUUCUUCAUGAUCGGCUCAACAAGCGCAUACCCGGCAGCAGUGCUGCACAUGGCAGUGAACCUCCUCACAAAGAAGGGCAUUCACUUCAGGGUCACUUCCAAGCAAACAACUGCUGACACCAAUGACAAGUAUGCCGACUUGUAUGACUUUCGAUGGGUGCCGAUGCUCGUCCCGACAAUGGCGGUUCUGAUUUGCAAUGUUGGUGCCAUUGGUGUAGCCCUGGGAAAAACCAUGGUAUACAUUGGAACAUGGACAGCAGCCAAGAAGAUACAUGCAGCGCUGGGUCUGCUGUUCAACUUAUGGAUCAUGUUUCUCCUCUACCCAUUUGCACUAGCAAUCAUUGGACGGUGGGCAAAGAGGCCGAUCAUCCUUGUAGUCUUGUUAUCGGUUAUCUUUGUACUUGUUGCCCUAUUGUAUGUAGGUCUCCAUAUCUUACUUUCUAGUGUUAUUCCAUUCUAGGUGGACAGCAAAAACAAUGUAAUUUCUUGUGUAGUUACCAAGGGACCAAUUAUGUUGUUCCCAAAAAAAAGGGA